CCAGGGCCGGCUGAAAGGGUCGGCUGCCGAGACUGGACUGUCAGUGGAUGCAUGUCGCUACGCUGGACGGGAGGGGAGAGAAUGACGUCUCAAUAUUGGGUCACUUACUACUUCACUAGCCAGCUAGUAGUUAGUUAGUUAGCUGCUGGCCGGGUAGGUGGUUUAAAAGGCCGCUGCUUUCUCUUUCUCUCUCGUCAUUUUUCUCUCCAUCUCAUACUCACUUUGUCCCAUAACAAUUGCCCUUCGGUCUAAUUGAUCAUCCUCCAUCAUGGCUACCAAAAUCAAGCUCAUCCCCAACCUCAACUACAAGCGUUCAGGCACCAAGUCCUACGUGCACUUGAUCCGCAAGUACCGCUUUCAUCCCACCAAGCCUGGUCCCUACACCCUCAGCAGCUCCAUCCAACAGACCGGCCGUCCGUACACUGACAAGCCCAUCGGGGGUCGGGCUCAUAUUCGUCAGCUGGUGCGGAAGAAGAGCAGCACCAGCGAUGAGGUUGGCGAGGUCCCGGCCGAAGAUGUGCAGAACGACUCCAUGUACCUGGCGACCGUGGGUAUCGGAACUCCGGCGCAGAACCUGAAGUUGGACUUUGACACUGGUUCCGCUGAUCUUUGGGUCUGGUCCAACAAACUCCCCUCAACCCUGCUAUCCGAGAACAAGACCCAUGCCAUCUUCGACUCGUCCAAAUCGAGCACCUUCAAGACCCUGGAAGGUGAAUCUUGGCAAAUCUCCUAUGGAGAUGGAUCCUCCGCAUCAGGGAGUGUCGGCACCGACGACGUCAACAUUGGCGGCGUAGUAGUCAAGAACCAAGCCGUCGAGCUGGCGGAGAAGAUGUCCAGCACAUUCGCCCAAGGUGAAGGGGACGGAUUGCUCGGUCUAGCAUUCAGCAACAUCAACACUGUGCAGCCAAAGUCUGUGAAAACGCCCGUCGAGAACAUGAUCCUGCAGGACGACAUUCCAAAGUCCGCUGAGCUGUUUACGGCUAAGCUGGAUACCUGGAGGGACACUGAUGACGAGUCAUUCUACACCUUUGGCUUCAUUGAUCAGGAUCUGGUGAAGACGGCAGGCGAAGAGGUCUACUACACCCCCGUCGAUAACAGCCAAGGCUUCUGGCUCUUCAACUCGACCUCGGCAACGGUCAAUGGAAAGACUAUCAACCGGUCGGGUAACACCGCUAUUGCUGAUACUGGUACCACGCUGGCGUUGGUGGACGAUGACACAUGUGAGGCAAUCUAUAGCGCAAUUGACGGCGCGUAUUACGAUCAGGAAGUCCAAGGCUGGAUCUAUCCGACCGAUACGGCGCAGGAUAAGCUACCCACUGUGUCCUUCGCCGUGGGCGAGAAGCAAUUUGUGGUGCAAAAGGAAGACCUGGCCUUUUCGGAGGCGAAGACAGGCUAUGUAUAUGGAGGAAUCCAGAGUCGUGGUGAUAUGACCAUGGAUAUUCUGGGAGAUACCUUUUUGAAGAGCAUUUACGCUAUCUUUGAUGUCGGUAACCUGCGCUUUGGAGCCGUCCAGCGCGAGGAGUUGCGCCAGAGCCUGAAGUCGGAGUAGACGAGUGGCUGGAUCUAUUACGGUUUUAUGAUGUUAUGUAAUUGCAAGUCAGUGAACUUCUUCGAUACUGCUUCCUCGCUCAACUCAUCCGUAAUGUGUUCGGCUCAAAUUUACGAGUCACGAAGGACUACCGGAUACCCUCAAUAAUUGAGGCUUUGGUACCACUGAAUGCUCGAGACCCAGUAUUGAGGUUUUCUUUUUGGUACACGCGUUUAGGAGCAUAACGCGGGGUAGCAGUUAGUGUGUAUCUGUAGAUAUCUGUAGCAUGCAUUCCCCUGCGACGGCGCAUAGCAGUCACUCCAGACAUACGAAC